AUGUGCCCAGUGGAGGUCCAGGGAGGAGGGGCACUUGGUGCCGGGAAAGAGGGGCUGCCCAAGAGGUGGCCAUUAUGGCCCAAGGGAGGGUUAGAGAGGUGUGAGGCUUGCAGUGGCAGAAGGGCCUUGUGUUGGAACUGUGGAGAGGUGAUGUCUGAGGACCUGAGGAGUGGAGGUAUAGGAGACGGGAGGAGCAGACUUGAGGUGUGGAAGAGGAAUUCAGGGGAGGAGGGGAUUCUCGGGAGCCAGGCUGACUCGCCGUGGGAGCAGACGGGGCUGUUGGUGGCCGACUGCCUGCCUGGCACAGCUGCAGUUCAGGCCCUGCCCCACAACCUCAGGCCAGAGUUUCGUGCCACGCCCAACUCCCAGCCCCCCAACCCCGGCUACCGCCCCGGACCCCAAGAGUGCCGGAGGGCUAUCGGCUGCUGGGGUUGGAGCCUCGCCAUGGGACGGGGGGGACCGAGCUGGCUGGUCGGCCACUGGGGCUCCAUCAGGGUGGGCGUCGCGGCCUUCUGGGGGCAGCACGGGCUCCUGACCCUGUCCCUGCUCUCGGUCAUCGCUGGCUGCCUGCUGGGCGGCCUCCUGCGGACCCUGCAGCUCUCUGACCUGGAACAGCAGUAUUUUUCCUUUCCCGGGGAGCUGCUCAUGCGGAUGCUGAAGAUGCUUAUCCUGCCCCUGAUCACAUCCAGCCUCAUGUCGGGCCUGGCUACCAUGGACCCACGGGUAUGUGGGCGAAUGGGCCUUCUCACCAUCACCUACUACCUGUGGACGACAUUCAUGGCCGUCACAGUGGGCAUCGUGCUCGUCCUAAGCAUCCACCCUGGAGCCGCGGCCCAGAAGGAAGUAUCUGUCACGGGCAAGAUGGUCCUGAGCUCUGCUGAUGCCCUGCUGGAUCUGAUCAGAAACAUGUUUCCCGCCAACCUGAUCGAGGCUGCAUUUCAGCAGUAUCGGACAGAGGUCGUACCCGUGGCCAAGGGGACGGGGCCCCGGGCUCCGGCCCCUGGGAAGCCACUCAAUUUUCUGUACUUGGCACCGGGCCCCAACCGGAUGCGGGAUGGGCCCCCCCCGCGGCGAGUGGUGCGGCUGGAGCUGACGCCAUCCCCGGAGAUAUCCUACCAAACCCGGCCGGGCACCAAUAGCGAGAUGAACGUACUGGGCAUCGUCAUUUUCUCUGCCACCCUGGGACUCCUGCUGGGGCAGAUGGGGGAACGUGGGGCCCCGCUGGUCAACGUGUGCCAGAGCCUCAAUGAGGCCGUCAUGCGGAUCGUCUCCGUGGCCGUGUGGUACUUCCCCUUUGGCAUCGUGUUCCUCAUUGCCGGCAAGAUCCUGGAGAUGGAGGACCCGUCCACCGUCGGCAGGAAGCUGGGGCUCUACAUGAUCACCGUGGUGACGGGGCUCAGCAUCCAUGGGCUGCUUCUCCUGCCCAGCCUCUUCCUGCUCAUCACCCACCACAACCCAUUCCCUUUCAUCCGGGGCAUUCUGCAGGCCCUGCUUAUCGCCCUGGCCACCUCAUCCAGCUCGGCCACGUUGCCCAUCACCCUGAAAUGCCUCCUGGAAAACAACGGCAUCGACCGGCGGGUGGCACGCUUCGUCCUGCCCGUCGGGGCCACGAUCAACAUGGACGGGACGGCGCUGUACGAGGCCGUGGCUGCCAUCUUCAUCGCGCAGGUCAAUGAGCUGGACCUGGACCUUGGCCAGAUCAUCACCGUUAGCAUCACGGCCACGGCGGCCAGCAUCGGGGCGGCGGGGAUCCCCCAGUCUGGCCUGGUGACCAUGGUCAUCGUUCUGACCUCCGUCGGUCUCCCCACCGAGGACAUCACACUCAUCGUGGCUGUCGACUGGGCUCUUGACAGAUUCCGGACCAUGACCAAUGUCCUGGGGGAUGCGCUGGCUGCUGGCAUCAUCGCGCACGUCUGCCACGAGGACUUGGCGCCCAAACCCGAGGAGCGGGAUCCUGGCAGUCAGAGCCCACCCCUCGCGGACGCCACCCUGCCCUCCAGUCAGAUGUGCGUGCGGGAUCCGAUCGGCAAGGUCGGGAGGGAACAGUACAGCCUCUGCCAGGUGUGAGGAGGGGCCCUUGCAGCGGGGGGACACAUGCUGCUGCCCGCCCGGGACGGGACUUGGAGGAAGGCCAGAGGCCCAAGCUCCCGCUGAGAACAGCC